AUAUCCGUUCGCUCACAUAUUUCAAGUUCACGAGUCGCGUUCAACAGUUGUGUAUUGUCCUGCAUCACGAUGGGUGGUUUAAUGGCAAAAUAUAUCAAAAAAGAGAGGAAAGCCACCGAUAUCGUGUCCCGAUUAGACCAGCAAAGGAAUAACUUACUAACCUAUCAGAAGCAAAUUGAGCCUACUAUGGAAACGUAUCGGCAGCUUGCAAAACAGCUGCUUCAUGAAGGCAAACGUGAGGAAGCGAGGACAGUUCUAAGGAAGAGACGAUACCGUGAACGACAAUUGCGAAGUUCUAACGCCCAGUUAGAUAGACUAGAUGAGAUAGCUAACGAUUUCCAGUUGGUGUGCUCACUAAAAGAGGUGUCCCAAUAUGGAGAGAACCAAAUCAAACGUGGCAAGUGGAGAUCCAUCAUAAAGAGGAAAUUAAAAAAAACACAUAAUACCGAUUCACAAAAGAAACUGGGAAAACCCGUUCACGAGGACAUUGAAAUUCAGGUCCACAAUGUUUUUAGUAAAAAGGAAAGGAAAACAAGUCAAAAAAUAUAUGCUAAAGCAAGAAAUGGAAUUCAAAAGCAGAAAGAAAUCGAUAAAGCUAUAAUGCUUUCUUUUAAAUUAGAAAUGGGAGACGAAGAGGCAGUGCAUGAAGAGCUGGAAGCCAUUUUGAAUGGCGGGUACCAAUUGCCUAAUAUCGAUCAAGACGGUAAUCAAGUAGAAUCGCCUCUUGGGUCUAUCGACGUUACUGCCGAGAUUGUUGUUAGUGCUUAGUGAUCAUUCAUUCAUCUUGGUGAAUGGUUGUCAAAGUCAUUCAUUAGUACAGUACAGAAUGGUAGGCAUAUUAUAGAGGCUAUAGAAAUAGAAGACUGACGAUUGGGUGUUGAGAAACCUCCUCAUAGUUAUAUAUUAUACUACUCUUUGAUCCUCCUCUCCAGCAUACAAGAUUUGUAAUUAUUCUGAAAGAUUUUGACAUAUUAACAUCACAUGCAUGCGUUUAUGCUAUUAAACUCCUAUAUAAUAGGAGGGAUUCGAGGGAAGCCAGUACUGUCAAACUGGUUUAAUUUGGCAGACAUUCAGACGUACUCUAUGAGUAACCACAAUUGAAAUGAAACAGUACACAAUGGUUGACACACCCUUUUUAGGAACAGUAGUUAUCGACCACAAAACGUGUCAUUAGGAAAAUAUAGUUUGUCAAAGGGUUGUCUCAUUUCAAACAUAGACAGAGAUAAUCAUACUAUCUUUGUCUUACAGUAGUACCAGCACCCAAAAGAAAAGGAUGACUAUGGUUUUUUUUGUUCUUAUUUACCAUUUACUGACAAUUUGGUUUGACCAACUAUAUCAUCCUAGUAGUAGGUAUAAUUUAACGCCUCGUCACCGAAGUGCCAAAACUGAAAUUAAACUAUAUGCACGUAAAGCUCCCUCCACACACGUGCGCGAAUCGCGGCGCGAAGCGAAGAGAGACCUCUGUUAUAUCCUUAGAUUGACGCCGGAAUGUCCGGUCUGUGACGGAUUAAUCCGUCGUUGGCGUCGAAAAGGUUAAGGUUCAGUUCAACAGAUUGAUCGUUUGCGAAACGUUAAGAGUCACACUGACUAUCAGUCCGCCGGACGAUUCGUUCGGAACUGUCAAAUUUUUGUUCUGACAGGCCGAUAUCGUCCGGCGG